CUGGGCUUUGACAGCUAGCGAUAUUAAUCAGGGUUUAAUAUCUGAAUAGAACAGGCCUAACCAAACAGAACCAGUGUGUGUGUGUGUGUGUGUGUGUGUGUGUGUGUGUGUUAAGGGCCGGGUGUGAUGAGGGUGCAGCAGUGGGCCGGGUUUAGUCUGAAGGCUCCGCUCCUGUUCUCAGUGUUGAGGUGUGGGAACUCGCGCGGGUCCUCCUGCUGCUCUUCAGCUCCACGCUGCUGCUGGAGGAGGAAACACGUGGUGGGGUUCAGCAGUCGCAGCUACAGCGCGGGCUCGGAGGUGGUGAUGGCGGAGGAGGCGAAGAAGCUGGCGGCGUACGCUGCUGUGGACAACCACAUACAGAAUAACCAGAUAGUAGGAGUGGGGAGUGGUUCCACUAUAGUCUACGCUGUGGACAGAUUGGCUGAGAGAGUGAGGCAAGAGAAGCUGAAAAUUAUAUGCGUUCCUACGUCAUUCCAGGCUCGUCAGCUGAUUCUGAAGCAUGGCCUCUCUCUCUCAGAUUUAGACAGACACCCAGAGCUGGAUGUAGCGAUAGAUGGUGCAGAUGAGGUGGACGCUUCGCUGACACUUAUUAAAGGAGGCGGAGGAUGCUUGACACAGGAGAAGAUCGUAGCUGGUUGUGCCAAACACUUUGUCGUCAUUGCUGACUACAGGAAGGACUCGAAGGCACUGGGGCAGCAGUGGAAGAAAGGUGUUCCAGUAGAAGUGAUUCCCAUGGCCUACGUUCCUGUGUCCAGGACUAUUGCCCGCCGCUUUGGGGGGGAAGCUGUGCUGAGAAUGGCCGUCAGUAAAGCGGGUCCUGUGGUGACUGAUAACAGCAACUUCAUCCUGGACUGGAAGUUUGAGCAUGCUCAGAACUGGAAAGAGGUCAACACUGCCAUCAAAAUGAUCCCAGGUGUGGUGGAGACAGGGCUGUUUGUGGGGAUGGCUGAGCGAGUUUACUUUGGGAUGGAAGAUGGAAGUGUGAAGAUCCGAGAUCCUCCUGUUAACUGAAGGGGAACGAGGAGAACGCCUUUUCCCGCCUGCUGCAAAGACAAGACCAGCCUGACACCGCAGUGCCAGUAGAGUACACACACUCGUGCAGCUCAUGCGUGCCAUCUACUGGAGAUAACUACUACUUCUACUGGGAGAGAGACAUGCAACCACAACAUUUCCUAAUAUCUGAUGAAGGUUUGAGUGUAUGAAAAGCAGAUGUGUACGCAUUCACCAUGUCAUACACCUCGUCUUUCCUCUCUAUUUUGUUUCUCGUAGUGUUGUUAACCACUCUGUUACUGACCCUGUACUUAGGGUAAAUCUAAAGCUGCUAAACAGCUUGGCCUUCUGGCAGCCACAAAAUUAAGCCUAGUCUAGGACUAAAUCAUUUAAAAACAUUUAUUAGUUGAAACUAGACCUUUAAACCUUUAACCUGGUGAAAUGGCUGUUACUGUCUGCCUUCUGUUUGUGUGUUUUUUCUUUACUGUCUCAAAUUUUUUGAUUCUUGUCAUUUCUGCAUGUCUCUACACACUUUGAAUUUGAAGCCAUUUCUAGAUGUACUUUGAUCUCUGUGCCUCAUGCAUCUUUCACUUUGUUUCGCUUGGUUGUUGCCUUGUAUUUCAACACUUUUUGUUAUAUUGAACCAAAGCAUGACAGUGGUGGGAGAUUAGCUAAAUUUAGCGCACACACUGCAGUUAAACACUUUUACACAUUUAAAGGUGCAUGGAUUUCUUUUUUAUUUUUCUCUGCAUUCAGACCUCAUUAACGGUAUGGACCAGUACCUAUAAUCAGUAGAUUUAUUUACAUUUAAGUGUCCGUCUCUCAAGUGUCAGAUUAAUACCUCUGUUUACAAUUAGGCCACUGUUUUACAUUUCUUUCACAUUUCAAUAAUAACAUGUUAAGGUUUAUAUCAAAACAAUCAAAUGAGCAGAUGCAGUUUUGGCUCUUUGGAGCGUUGAAUGAAUGUAACCACAGUUUAUUUCAGAUUGAUCAGUGUUUUGAGCUCAGAUUUCAGGGAAAAAAUGAAGAAAAAUGUGAUCUUGAAAAAACAUAGUACUACUAGUAAUGCAGUAGUAUUGGGUGUGUAUUGGGUCUUAUGAAUAUUUGAUGUAAAAUGAGAGGGUCAGUAUUUUGGAUGUUACAGCUAGCUUUGAUCAGAUAGAGCCACAGAUUUGUUAAAAAUAUAUACAGUACAGAGCAGCAGCCUUGUCUGCCUAUGUAUGGACUGUAUAUGCCAAUUGAUUCAAUUCAAUUUGUACAAUUCGUAUUUUUCUUUGAUGUGCCUAUCAAUCUCAACAAACUGUUGUCAGGAAUUUACAGUAGCACAGGUUUCCAGCAACCUGGCUUAACUCAACCCAAGUGAUCAGGCCUUACCUCAGGCACCUUCCGCUCCUUUAUGUUCUUAAGAGAUGUUUGUCUUGUGUGACUUUCUAAUGAAGUCACUGUGACCUAUGACAACACCAGCUUUAUGUUGACAAUGUUUCUGUACCAAUACUACUGUGACAUUACGGUUUGGAUUAGCGAAUGGCAUUCUUUAUUGUUUUAAAGACCAAUCUUGCAUUAAAAGAGGACCAAUCAAAUAAACAAGA